AUGCGCGAGUGUAGAUCUACUGAUAACUACGAGCUGCUUUCCAUUAUUCGAACGUGGUUCAAAAACUGGGGCACUCUACUCCUCAUUGGAGUAAUUAUGGUCCCUCUCUGCAAACACCUUCACCGACUGGCCGGCAAAGUUCUCGGGCGCGUCGUUGCAAUUGGCCAUUUUGUUGUCAUGGUUAUCAUGGCGAUACUUCUCGUUUGUUACCUGGGAUUGCAGUCCAGCCUUCCGAGUAUACGCGCGAACUACAGAGUACUUGAUACUCUAUCCAAGGUGACGUCUGGCCUAGGAGCUACCUACAAUGUAGUCGCGUUUAUCGGAACCUGCCUAGCGUCUAUCAGCAUACUCUUUGCUGUCAUUCGAAGCUCUCAGAUCCAGAAUUCUUGGGCAAAGAAAUGGAUAUUCUUUGUGAUCAUCUUCCCUGUUCUUCUGACCUUCUUUGAUGUGGUGUAUGGCUUCCAUUUCUAUGUCAGAGGCCAACCAUAUACCACCACCGCAUUUGCUGUCUUCACCUUUCUGUGGAACUUGUUCUAUACCAUGUCGUACCUGGCUGUUCUAUAUAUCGUCUCCGAAGGCUCGUUGGCCCCGGUCACGCAACCUGGAGCAAUAGAUCCAAACGACCCCACCAAAGGCACCUAUGUACCAGUUCAGCCUGGGCCCCAACCACCGUUUCAAAACGUCAACACUGCAUACAACAGCCCGAUGCAACAACAACAACAGUUUCAGCACAACAUGCAAACUCAACCACCCAUGAGCCAACCCGGAUUUGAGCCUACAAGAAAUGAUUUCUCUCCGUCUCCUCCACCUCAACAGCCCCAAUACUAUGAUCCCGUUAAAAGCCCCGAGUCUCAGGCCUUGAUGCAGGGCCAGACAUAUGAACAGCCAGCGCCCCAGUAUCAGAAUUACCAACAACCUGCCGUUCCUCAGCCUUACAGGUAA